GGCCCUAACCUGAUCAUUAAUCAGCCCGACGAGCUGCUGGAGAGCAUGUCCGAGUGGUGCAAGGAGCAUCACGGGAAGUCCGGCCUCACUAAGGCUGUGAAGGAGAGUAAAAUUUCCUUACAGCAAGCAGAGUAUGAGUUUCUCUCCUUCGUACGACAACAGACACCCCCGGGUCUCUGUCCUCUGGCAGGCAACUCUGUUCACGCAGAUAAGAAAUUUCUCGACAAAUACAUGCCUCAGUUCAUGAGGCAUCUUCAUUACAGGAUCAUCGACGUGAGCACCGUCAAAGAACUGUGCAGGCGCUGGUAUCCGGAGGAGUACGAGUUUGCACCAAAGAAGGCGGCUUCUCACAGAGCGCUCGAUGACAUCAGGGAAAGCAUCAAAGAACUUCAGUUCUACAGAGAUAGCAUCUUCAAGAGGAAAACUGAUGAGAAGAAAAGGAAACUAAUAGAGAACGGAGAAAGCGACAAAACGGCCAGCUGAUUCCUCACGUGGCCCUGCCAUCCCCUGGCAGGUACUAGAUGCGUCUUCCCGGUUCUUUUCGGUUUGCCAGUCUCUCGAGAAGUUGCACCCUUUGGUUCCCUUCUUUCGCAACGGCCGUUAACGCGCAGAGGGAAGCCCGAGUUGCCGCUGCUUUUCUGUUUGAGCACGGAGUCGACUCGCUCGAGCCUCAGCAGCUUCUUUCUUUGUACGUCCUCCAUAAAACACGCUGUUUGAUACUCCUCUUCCUCCAGUUUUAGGUGCGGUCUUUCACGACACAAUAAAAACAGUUCUGUUGAAAGA